CAUUAGCAUAUAGAAACCAUGGGUUUCCGGCUCCCAAGAAUUUCAAACACCAGGAGAAUUCUUACUCGAUCUCUUUCUAAUGGAAGCCAGACAGUUUCAAAGACCUUAGAUAUCCCAAAAGGCUACUUUGCAGUCUAUGUUGGAGAGAGCCAGAAGAAGCGAUUUGUGAUUCCAAUAUCAUACUUGAACCAACCUUCAUUUAUGGAUCUGCUGAGUCUAGCUGAAGAAGAAUAUGGAUACGAUCAUCCUAUGGGUGGUAUCACAAUUCCUUGCAGUGAGGACACUUUCCUUGAUCUCAUUUCCAGCUUAAGUGUGUGACUGAAGGAUGAAAUGAAAAUGGGAUCCAACUUCAUA